CACAGUGAACAGGCGGUGGCGGCGGCGGCAGCAGUGCUCGUUAUCGGAGUAUUGACUGUGUGACGUCACUGGUCUCGGCACGCGACUUGGCGCUGGGCGGCGAUUGGCCGGCGCCGUCAUGUGACCUGGCUCGCGACACUCACAGGCGGCCGCGUCGCUCAGUCGCUCGCCGGCUCUCGAGCGGUAAGCAUCGCAGCGCAGAGAAGUGCAUUGCAGUUAGUGCAUCCUGAAACUCGCCGGUCACUCUACACCAUACAACUACACAACACGCUGGUGCAGUGAAGCAGCAAGCAAGCAAGCAGUAAAUAGGCCUACCGAGGUGCGGAGCAGCAGAGGAAUGUGUGAGAGGUGCCCGCACGCUAGUGCGUCCCCACUCUAGAGAUGACCGCCAAGCUAGUAGGCACAGACAGCGACCGCAACAACAACAGCAACAACAACAGCAACAGCAGCAACAACAGCAACAGCGGCAGUGAGUCGUCACUCUCGCACUCGCACGCACAGGUGCAGAUAGUGGUGCCCAAGGUCGUGAAGAAGCACACCCCCGCCUCCACUUCUCCACACCACCCGCAGAUCGCUCUCGGCGUCAGCAUACCCGCCUCACCACUGUCGCUCAACCGAGACGGCCGACGGGCCAACAAGCCACUGAUGGAAAAGAGGAGAAGAGCACGCAUCAAUCAAUCUCUAGCACUCCUGAAAACUCUCAUAUUGGACUCUGCCAAGUCUGAGAAUACAAAACAUUCUAAAUUGGAAAAAGCAGAUAUCUUGGAGCUGACAGUCAGACACCUUCAGAGACAGAAGACAUUAGGGUCAGCUGUUCUAGACAAGUACAGAGCAGGAUAUCAGGAGUGUGCGAAAGAGGUUACAAGAUUCCUGGACACGCCUGAGCUACACCUGGGUGUGACUCCGAACCUUAGCAUAAAGCCGGGCUCGCCGCACCAGCUGAUAGACCCGACAAUGAAGCAGCGACUGCUGCGACACCUGGAGAGCUGCGUGUCAGAGAUCGACCUGGACUUCAGCCUGGCGGCGGUCAAGUCGGGCCUGACCGACGCCAUCGACAACCGACUGGAGGACAUGCUGAUGGCCGUCAAACAGGAGCCGCUCGACUGCGACGACACGACGAGCCCCGCCAAGCCGGACAGCAGCACCGUUUCGCCCGGCGACGAGAACAACAACAGCGCCGGCGCCGCCAAGAACCACAAGCGACGCUCCAGCGGCGCGCGCAGUCGAAAGUCCAGCAACCCCGAGAAGAAGCCACUGGUCACCUCCACCAAGGCCACCAAAGCCAUGGACGUCGCCACCGACUUCUCCUCCUCGCCAGCCACGCAAGCCAGUACCUCCAGUCAAGUGUCUGUCGUACAGGUGAUACCUUCACGAUUGCCCGACGGCCAAGUGGUGUUCCUGCUGCCCAGUCACUACGUGCAGGUGUCCGGCCAGGAGUCAGGUCUGGCGGACACCAGUGGACACCGCGGCGGUGACGAGGACGCCAACAUGCCCGAGCAGGACGCCCCACUCGACUUCAGUGUGCGUUCGAGCAAGGAUACCAACACGCCCGACUGGGCCACCGAGAUGUCACCUCUCACCACCCCCGCUCUAACCACCCCUCUCUCUCCUGCCGACAAGGACGAAGAUGUCUGGCGACCUUGGUAGCCAGCCACCCCCCAUCAUAGAUUGAAUCAAUCAAUCAAUCAACCCCCAACACUGUGUCAUACCAAAAAUGUAAUAUAUAAAGUUAUAAAUAGCUUUUAAAUUUUAUAAAUAUUUUAGGUUAUUUCUUUUGUACAGUAGAGUUAUUAAAUGAGAGAUUGGUAGUUUAUUUGUUGUUGAAAUGUUUAUGUAUGUUACAAAUGGUUUCCAUUAAUUUUUAUUUUUGUAUGAGGACAUUUUGUUUUGUCCAUGUUAUUACUAAUUGUUCCUUUAAUGUAAGCUUUUGUGGAGUGAUAAUAAAAGGUUGAGUGAGUGCCCCAAAAGUACAGAGUUUGAGAAUUUACUCCACAGUUUUAUGAUAUACUAGGCCUACAUGAAUGUUUUUUGAAACAAAAUACCGAUGUAUGUAUUUGUAGAUGACUAAGAAGAAAAAUGCAAAUAUUAUAAACCUUUCAUGCAACUGAUGAAUUGAUGUAUUACUUCGAUGUGCAAUUGAAUUUUCUUUAAGUGUGUUGCAAUGUUAAUUUCACAUAGAACUGCAAUCUGUUACCAAUGACAACAAUCAAAAUAUACUUUUUGUAAAAAAAGAUUUACUGUAAUAAUUAUUCUGAAUGCACAAAAUCCUAUCUAAAGCUCUCAAGUUCACUCAAGUUCUACAUUUUACUCUACUGAAACUUUCGUGCCUGAAUUCUACUACAGUCAUUCUCUAGAGUAGAUCGAGAAUAAUAUCUACACAUCAAAUACCAGAAGGCAUUGAUGGUAAAAAUAAAUUUCAAUUGCAACUCACCAUAAAUAUGGAGGGUGUAACUGUAGAAUGAAAAUAUAGACUACCGUGCAAUGUAUGAUUUACUAAAAUUAGUUAUAAUAUGACACACAUUACAGUUAAAUUUUU